UCGGUGAGCCGAUUGCCAUGUUCUGCGGCGCUACAGGGAACAAGUUCCUCUUUGGCAACGAGAACAGGAAGGUGGCCGUGUCAUGGCCGAGCUCUGCGGUCAAGCUGCUCGGCUCAUGUAUAAUUACUCUGGCCGGCGACGAGGGAAAGGUGAUGAGGAGGAUGCUAAUGAGCGUUUUCAACCAUGAAGCGCUCGCGAAGUUCACCAAGGUCAUGGAUGAAGUCACUUGCAAUCAUAUCCAAGCUAAUUGGAAAGGCAAAGAAGAGGUGCUUGUGUACCCGACCAUCAAGCACUACGUCUUCGAGCUCACGUGCCGGCUCUUCCUCAGCAUCCGUCACCCGCAAGAGAUUACGGACCUAGCGCCCCCCUUCGCCGCCUUCCUCGAAGGCACUUUUAGCGUCCCUGUUGACCUGCCGGGGAUGAGAUUCCGCAGCGCGAAGAGGGCAGCGAGGUCCAUCAGGAAGAUGCUCCGAGAGAUCAUCAAGGAGAGGAGGGCGGCCUUAGAGAAGGGGGCCGCAUCCCCGAUGCAGGACCUGCUGUCCUACCUGAUGGUCACCGCGGACGAGAACGGCCGGUUCUUGACCGAGGCGGAGAUCAUCAACAACCUGCUCCUCCUCCUGGUCGCGAGCCACGACACUUUGAGCUGCACCAUAACGAUGGUGAUCAAGUUCCUCGGAGAGCUGCCUCAUGUGUACGAGAAAGUUUUGGCUGAGCAGAGAGAGAUCGCCAUGCAAAAGAAAUCAGCGGGAGAGGGAUUGACUAGGGAAGAUGUACAGAAGAUGCGAGAUUCAUGGAGUGUGGUUUUAGAGGUGAUGAGGCUCGUGCCACUCGCUCUUGGAGGUUUCAGAGUUGCCUUGGAGGAUUUCACCUUCUGUGGUUAUACCAUUCCCCAGGGAUGGAAGCUGAUAUGGAGUCCUCUCACGACGAACAACGAUCCCGCCAUAUUCUCGAGCCCAAAGCUCUUCGACGCGGCCAGCUUCGCGAGGAGCACAUCGCCCUCCCCGUGCGUGUUCGUCCCGUUCAGCGGGGGCCCUCGGAUGUGUCUCGGCAAGGACUACGCUCAGCUUCAGAUCCUCAUCCUCCUACACCACCUAGUGAACAACUUCAGAUGGACCAACGCAAUCCCGGAUGAAAAGGUCAAGUUCAACCCAGUGCCGAUCCCAUCGAAAGGACUUCCGGUUCACAUUCGACCUCAUUAUGAUCGAGUAACGUCAAUAUGCUUAAUCAGCAUAAGUAGCAGGGGGACGUUUCAGUCGCCACCUUCAUGAGUUCAUCGUGUGAAUGUGUCUGCGUUUACGUUUUUUCGUUCCAUGGAAUAAUGGUC